AUUCCCCUGCCUCCACCUUCUUCCUCCUCACCCCAUCUAUAACCCUGUCUGCACCUCCUUCAUUUUCCCUUUUUUCCUCCACCAAAAAUGACUCUCUAACCUCAAUCUCAAUCUCAAUCUCACAUGUCGAAACCCUACAACAACAACAACCGAAAACGCUCAUCUACCACCUGCACACCACCACCACAAGCCACCACCGGACCACCUCACUUCUCAACAAUGAAGAAGGCCAAAUCGCAAGCUCUAAAUUGCUCUCAAUUCGAUAACAAUUCGCCUCUGCAGGAUCAUCCUUCUUCUAUGCUCGUAGAUCCGACUGAAAACGACGCCGUUCGCGCCUCCGCUGCCGGUGGAUUCACCGCCAAUUUGGCGCGGAAAAAAGCUACGCUGCCUCAGCCUGCUAAGAAGCUUGUGAUUAAGCUGGUUAAAGCUAAACCAACGUUGCCAUCAAACUUUGAGGAGACUACAUGGGCAGUCUUGAAGUCAGCAAUUAGUGCUAUAUUCUUGAAGCAGCCAGAUCCGUGUGAUUUGGAGAAGCUUUAUCAAGCGGUCAAUGAUCUUUGUCUCCACAAGAUGGGGGGAAGUCUAUACCAACGGAUCGAGAAAGAGUGUGAGGCCCACAUAUAUUCCGCUAUACAAUCAUUAGUCGGUCAAAGCGAAGACCUAGUUGUUUUUCUAUCACUUGUGCAAAAAACCUGGCAAGAUUUCUGUGACCAGAUGUUAAUGAUCCGUGGUAUCGCGCUGUAUCUUGACCGUACAUACGUGAAACAAACUCCAUCCGUCCGAUCAUUAUGGGACAUGGGACUUCAACUCUUCUGGAAGCAUCUGUCACAAGCUUCAGAAGUUGAACACAAAACCGUUUUCGGCCUUCUCAAAAUGAUAGAGAGUGAAAGAUUAGGUGAAGCUGUUGAUAGAACACUUGUGAGCCAUCUGUUGAAGAUGUUCACUGCGUUAGGCAUUUAUUCCGAGAGUUUUGAGAAACCGUUUCUUGAAUGUACAUCAGAAUUCUAUGCUGCUGAAGGAGUGAAGUACAUGCAACACUCAGACGUCCCAGAUUAUUUGAAACACGUGGAGGUAAGGCUGCAUGAAGAAAACGACAGAUGUCUACUAUAUCUUGAUGCUAGUACAAGAAAACCGCUGGUAGCAACUGCUGAAAAACAACUCUUGGAGCUCCAUAUAUCUGCAAUACUUGAUAAGGGUUUCACAAUGUUGAUGGAUGGUAACCGGACUCAUGAUCUACGAAGGAUGUAUACACUUUUCUCUAGAGUAAACGCCCUUGAAUCCUUAAGACAUGCGCUAAGUUCAUACAUCAGAAAAACCGGGCAGGGGAUUGUAACCGAUGAAGAAAAGGACAAAGAUAUGGUGUCUUCUCUCUUAGAGUUCAAAAUGUCUCUUGAUAAAAUAUGGGAAGAUAGCUUCUCGAAGAAUGACGUUUUUAGCAACACGAUUAAAGAGGCGUUUGAGCAUUUAAUCAAUCUCCGACAGAAUCGUCCUGCUGAACUGAUUGCGAAGUUUUUGGAUGAGAAACUUCGUGCUGGAAAUAAGGGUACGUCUGAAGAAGAAUUGGAGGGCACCCUUGAUAAAGUCUUGGUUCUCUUUAGAUUCAUACAGGGUAAAGAUGUGUUCGAGGCGUUCUAUAAAAAGGAUCUUGCAAAAAGGCUUCUUUUAGGAAAGAGUGCGUCUAUUGAUGCUGAAAAGUCAAUGAUCUCCAAGCUGAAAACCGAAUGUGGAAGCCAGUUCACCAACAAGCUUGAAGGCAUGUUUAAGGACAUAGAGUUAUCAAAGGAGAUAAACGAAUCAUUCAAGCAAUCAUCUCAAGCUAGGUCAAAACUACCUUCGGGAAUCGAGCUGAGUGUUCAUGUUUUAACAACCGGUUACUGGCCUACAUAUCCACCAAUGGAUGUCCGCCUUCCUCAUGAGUUGAAUGUUUAUCAGGACAUUUUUAAAGAGUUCUACUUAAGCAAGUAUAGCGGUAGGCGGUUAAUGUGGCAAAAUUCUUUAGGUCACUGUGUCUUGAAAGCAGAAUUCCCAAAAGGAAAAAAAGAAUUGGCGGUUUCUUUAUUUCAGACGGUUGUUCUGAUGCUGUUCAACGAUGCGCAAAACCUUAGUUUUCAAGAUAUCAAAGAUGCUACUAGCAUUGAGGACAAGGAACUAAGGAGAACUCUGCAGUCACUUGCUUGUGGAAAAGUCCGCGUUCUUCAAAAGAUACCGAAGGGUAGGGAAGUGGAUGAUAAUGAUUCAUUCAUGUUCAAUGACGGGUUUACCGCUCCUCUUUAUCGUAUAAAGGUUAAUGCUAUCCAGCUGAAGGAAACUGUGGAAGAAAAUGCAAGCACUACAGAGAGAGUUUUCCAAGAUCGUCAAUAUCAGGUUGAUGCUGCUAUUGUUCGGAUAAUGAAAACUAGGAAGAUUCUGAGUCACACACUUCUGAUAACCGAACUCUUCCAGCAGCUCAAGUUUCCUAUAAAACCAGUGGACUUGAAGAAGAGGAUUGAAAGCUUAAUUGACAGGGAGUAUUUAGAGAGAGAUAAGAACAAUCCUCAGAUAUACAAUUACUUGGCAUGAACACAAGUCAAUUUAUGUAAAUUGAUAGCUUUUGUUUUCGUUGCGAAAAACUCUAACCCGUCCAUGUGCUUUCGUUCUUCUGUUGUAGCAUCUUAAUCAACCCUUACACAGUUACACGAGCGUGUUUUUUUCAGAA